UUUGCUAACUUGAGAUAUUCUUCUUCGUUAUAAGAAUGUCUUACACUGUCGUUAAUGUUAGGUCCUUGCACGUGAUCCUGAUGAUUUUGAGGAAUCACAGAGUGAAAAAGUAGGGCGGGCCAUCCUAACAUUCUUCCCGUCGGUGGAGUGUACCACCUUGGAAAGGCCCUCUGGGGACAAUGAGGUGAUGAAAAACAUUGCUCAGCACACAAACAGCCUGAAUCCAAACUUCAACAAGGGUGUUCACACCCUCAUCGAGCAGCUGUUGCACAAUGCGCGCGCAAAGAGGGGGUACAACAAGGCAUCAACUGUUAGUGGAUUGGCCCUCAGCAUCAUGGUUGAACGGUAUGUGGAAGCCGUCAAUGAUCCAAACUCCAUCCCUGCCCUGGACAACACCUGGCAGAACACCGUACAACUCCUGCGAGGCAGAGCUGUCGAGGAGGUGAUCGAUGAGUACAACCAACAGAUGCAAGCCAAGGUUGCUACAGCCACGAACAAUUGGCGGGAUCCAUUGGAAGAAUGUCCAGAAAAUGGAAUACCCCUCAAACCGGUGACCAGUGGACGUGGAGGGAAAGGUGCGGAAUACAAUACAAGGAAUCCUCCAAGCCAGCCUACCCUCAUCGACCUCCAUAAUGAGCUGUUGAACAAAGUCACAGGCAUGCUUCUGGAGAAGGUCGGCCAUUUUGGUAUUCGCUCAGAGGAGAGGAGCUAUGAGAACGAGAAUUUGAUUGACCAAAUUUGGCACAAGGAGGUCAUAAGCCCAUAA